AAAUACAACGCGAUUACCGUGAUGUUUCAAACAUGACAUUGACAUAUUGAAAUUAAUUUAGUUCGUUUUUUACAUGAAGACAUUUAUUUUUAACACAUUAGUAUUCGAAUUUAAGGUUCAAGAUCUAAAAAUAACUUGUCGUAUUCAAAUCAAUCAUAUAUUACAUGCGCAAUCAUACUUUCAAAGUCCAUUUUUGAUACCUUUAAAAUUGUUCUGAACAAAAUCCGAAAUCCCCAAAACCUUAAACCUUAACCUAUAUUUGAAACCUAGACUCGUGUCGUCGCCAAUUGUUAGGGACGAUUGAUUUCGUUGGUUUAGUUUGCAAACAGUAUGAAAGUACAACUGUCAAACUAUUUUAUGAAACAUGGGAGAUAAAGAGCAUCAUGUUCACUUUAGCGGUGGAAGUGGAUUUGGAAAAGAUAACAAUAUUAUGAUACAACCACAGCGACAUGGUCAUAUAGACGCUCAUUUAGGGUUCUUGCAACUAAAUCACAGAUAUCACAUAGAAUUUUCGGUGCCAUGGAACACUUGCGUUCAUCCAGAAGAAAAGACAAUAGCUCCAGCGAUAAUUGCAGAUAAUCACAAUGCAAAUUGUCAUGUUGUCGAUUUUGCACAAGAAAAAGAUGGCUUAAGGUUAAAGAUAGAGCUGUUGGCAUAUAAAGAGAAAAUAUUAAAGGAGGAUAUCGAAGUGAUGUGUUGUCCAUCAGGUACUCCAUUAAAAAUUGUGCUGAACGCACGUGUUUUAGCAAAGGACAAGGGUACACCAUUAUUGAGAAAUGGCAUACGCAGUAUUGCUGUAGAAGGAAUCGAUGAGGACGAGGUGUCCGAGUAAUGCUGCUUAUUGCUACCAAGCUGUCUUUCGAUGAUAAGUUGAUAUGAUAGAUUUAAGUUGAAAUGCCAAGUGCUAAAAGUUAAAGUUUGAAUGAACAAACGAAUCGGCAUAGCCGAAAUAUAUCUCAGAAUAGAGAAAACGACAUAAUGGCCAAUGCUGCAUGAAAUGAAAAUUUGUCUACUGCUCUUAAAAAUAUAUCACGCACGCGAGAUGCUUUUGCAAAUAUAAGCAAAAGCUUAUGACACUAUUUAUUAUCCAUUAAUUACGUAAGUGCGCAAGAUUAUAACGAACAGAUCCUAUUUUGUUAUCAUUUUAUAUCAAUCAAUAUUGGUGUAUAUUUCUAACGAAGCUUCCGCUAAAUAAAUAUGUUUACAGAGGCACUAAA